AUGGGUCCCACGCUCACUUCUCUGAUCUCCAUUGACCCUCUACCCAAGCCCAUCCUCUGGGCUGUCCCCAGUCCUGUGGUCCCUGAGGGAGAAGACAUAACCCUGAGGUGCCAGGGCCAUCUGGGGAGUGACCGAUUCCAGCUCUGGAAGGAUGGAGAGCUCGGAGAUGAGAGAAAUGCCUCCUGGCAGCAGGCAGAGUUUGUGCUCAGGAAUGUGGAUGACUCGAGAAAUGCAAGAAGCUACACCUGCCGCUCUGGGCAGGGGCCCUUGUGGUCAGAGCUCAGUGAGCCCCUGGCCCUGGUGGUGACAGGAUCAACAGUGACCAUCUGGUGCAAAAUAUCACAACCGGCAACCAGUAAUGACUACAGUUUUGCCCUGCUGGAGGCAAAGAGCCUAGAGCCCUUGCAGAGACAGAGCCCUGCAGUGACCCAGGCUGCUUUCUCACUUGUGUCUGUGACGGCUGAGGAUACUGGGAGCUACAGCUGUAUUUACUACAGGAAGACAGCCCCCUACACGGGAUCAUAUCCCAGCAAGACCUUGGAGCUGAUUGUGCUUGGAUCUCUCCCCAAGCCUUCCCUCUCAGCCCUCCCAGGCCUUGUGGUGGAGCCUGGGAUGCACGUGACUCUCCAGUGCCGGCAGCCCCCUCAGAAUGUCAUCAAUGGCCUGACCUACACUCUGCUGAAGGUGGGGACCUCUGAGCCCUUGCAGAGCCAGAGCCCAUCUGGGACCUCAGCUGAUUUUCCCCUCUUCUCUGUGAGAGCCCAGGAUGCCGGCAGGUAUAGCUGUGUCUACCAUGAGAGGAUGGCUCCAUACCAGGUGUCUGAGGCCAGCGAGGUCCUGGAGAUCUGGGUGACAGAUGGACUUCCCAAGCCUUCCCUCUCAGCCUGGCCCUUCCCAGAGGUGGCCUCAGGGUCUGACGUGACCUUCCUGUGCCAGGGGCCCGCAAGAGGCAUUAGGUUUGUUCUGUACAAGGAGGGAGAUGAGAAAAACCUACCAAGCAUGGAUACUUCUCAAGGUGGGGCCCAGUUCUUCUUGACUCAUGUGACCCCCAAGCACUCAGGCAAUUACAGCUGCAGAUACCAAAUCAACAGCAAUGGAAGUCUCUGGACACAACAGAGUGACCCCCUGCAGCUCAUAGUGAAAGGUUCAGUUCCCAGUAACUCCCUCCUCAUCACCCUCAGCUGCCUUUCCUUCAUCAUCAUCCUCCUCCUUUGCCUUUUCUUGCUGGCAAUCCUCUGCCAACGAUCCAUCACUGUGGAUGAGUGUGGCAAGGACAGAGUGAAACCUCUCAGGGUAUACCGAAGUGUCCAAGUAGAGACCAAGGGAACCAUCGGUGAGUUAGCUCCAUCUUGUCGUCCCCCUGUCCCCAUGGUUGAAGGUUCCCAGGGAGUGACCUACACUCAGCUGAACAUAAGAACCUUGAAUAAGAGGAAAACCAACCCUGAGGAGACACGCACAGAACCCACCCUCUAUGCCACUGUGGCCUUGAAUUAA